AGGUCUCACGGCAGACCAGAGGCGGAGCGGGGAUUAGAACUCGGGUCCUCCGACGCCCAGGCCCGGGCUCUUCAAACUAGACCGUGUCGUUCCUCAAUUUAAUCCCCAUUUUACAAAAGAGGAACCGAGGCACGGACGAAUGAAGGGACCCGCCCGAGGUCUCACGGCAGACCAGAGGCGGAGCGGGGAUUAGAACUCGGGUCCUCCGACGCCCAGGCCCGGGCUCUUCAAACUAGACCGUGUCGUUCCUCAAUUUAAUCCCCAUUUCCCAGAAGAGGAAACCGAGGCACGGAGAAACGAAGGGACCGGCCCGGGGUCUCGCGGCAGACCGGAGGCGGGGUCGGGAUUGGAACCCGGGUCCUCCGACGCCCAGACCGGGGCUCUUCAAACUAGACCGUGUCGUUCGGCAGCGUAAUCCCCAUCUUACAGAAGAGGAAACCGAGCAGCGCCGCCAUCGGCCGGCUCACCCGGUUCGGUCAUUCAGUCAUUCGUUCAGGACACUGUACUAAGCGCUCCGGAGAGACAGGCGCGACAACGAUCCGACACGUUCCCCCGCCCCCGCGGGCCGAGCCGACCGUCCCGCCACCCCGACCCGGGGCCCGGGGCGCGGGGAACCGGUUCGAUCCGGUCUGGGACGGGGGCGGGUCGGCCGGCUGGCGGUUUACCAGAUUUCCCGAGGCGGGCUCCUUCCCGGAAAUGGUAUUUCUUCACUUUCAUUCCUUUCUCUUCUCCCGCUCCGGGAUUCGAAAGCAAAAGCCGCGGGCGCGGCGGCUGCACUGCUGUUUCGAGGUGAGGCUCGCCGUCUCUCGUCUCCUUUUGUCACCUUUAUUGAUAGCGGUGAUAACGUCAACUGUACGUCCGUAGGCGCCCGUAGUGCCUAACGUAUAACGCCGGUAUAGAUCGUAACCAUCUGCUGAGCGCCUACGAACGAGUCGAGGGCCGCCCUAAGCCCCGGGGUAGAGCGGAGGCGAUCGGGUCGGACGGUCGUCCGGCCGGCCGGAUCUAGCGAGCGCCUGCGCGGAGCGCCGUGCCAAGCGCUCGGUAAGUACAAAUCGGCGACGAUCUCGGGCUUGGUCCGAGAUGCCGCUUGGGGAACCCCGGGGGUCUAGCGGUCGGGGGCGAUCCUGGGCGAGUCCCGUAGCUUCCCGGGGUUCUCGGGCUGCCCGUCCGCGAAACGGGGGUUCGAUCCCCGUUCUCCCUCCCCCCGGGACCGUGAGCCCGGCGUGGGAUCGGGGAUAGGGAGUCAGCCGGCCCGGGAUGGAUUUUGGGGUUCGGGAGCGGAUGCCCGUUGACUUGUUUCGACGCGCCCGCAUCUAGAUUUCUAUUGGUUUCUACGCGUGCCGCCGGUGCCCGUCUUACUCGUCUCGCCGUCCGUCUCCCCCCUUCUAGACCGUGAGCCCGGCGCGGGCGGGGAUGCCCUCUCUCUAUUGCUGGGUUGGAUUCCCAAGCGCUUAGCCCGGCGCUCCGCACGCGGCGGAUCGAUUCCGCCGCCGCCUCCUCUCGCCGACCGGUCCCCGUCUCCGACAUCACGAUGUCGUCGGAUCGGGACUCCGGAAUCUUGGAAACGCCGAGUCCCCCUCCGCCCUCCCCGCCGGACCGGCUUGAGAUUGAAGCGAGGUAACACAUCUCCAUCAGUCCGACAAGGGAUGGUAUCUAUUCGGCGCUUACUGCGUGCGGAGCACUGGACUGAGCGCCUGGGAGAGGACGGCGGAGAGAGGACGGAGUCGGUGGCCGCAUUCCCCGGCCGUGCGGAGCCUCCGGCCCGGAGGGGGGACCCCAGCGUGAUUCCCUCCAUCGACUGCCGGCGCUAGGGGGACGGAGAGAAAUAAGUAACGCGGAAAUCUGCUCUUUCCUCUUGUGUUUUAAGUGGCGUUUGAUCGAUGGAGAGGCGGGCCUCUCUCGGAUGGGAGCUGAAUUGGGAAUUCCAGACCUGGAAUAAAGGCAAAUUCGUGAAGAGCGCUUAUCAAUUUUUCUGUGCAACUCUGCACCUGCUGAAAUACAAGGCGGUACCCAAAAAGAUCCAGUAUACCUUUCUGGAAAAGGUGCUCCACUCCCUGUUGGUUCUUGGCUACAUCCAAGAGCCGGAGGUGCAGCCCAAGGAGCUGUUUGAAGGGCUCUUUUCCGAGCUGAGGAAGGAUUUCCCGGAAGCCUUUGAGAAAUACAAGACCCUCAUCCCCCGGCAGACGCCCUACGCCUUCCUCGUAGAUUUCCUCGAACAGGUGAACCGCUUCGACACGGAGCAGGUCCUCGAAGACCUCGAGCGUUUCCACCGAUACCUACUGAAGACCAAAGUGGACCCCAAGAGCGUGAACUACUUUCUGGCCUCCACCGUCAGCGUCAGCUUCUACACCGACGACCGGGGACGCAGAAGUCGGCCUUUCUUCGGCUGUUCGAUAGCCUGUAAGGGGAAGGCGGCCCGGUUCGUCGUCAUCCGGGCGGCCAGUCUCGGUCGGUGGCCCCAGGAGGUGGCCCUGGCCGUCUGGACCUUCUCCCACGGACAGAAGUGGUCCGUGACCUUCCCCGGGAAAGUGAUCAGCACGGCCUACAAGUGGAAUGGGGAUAGAUUCGUCCCGUCCGUCCCCUGUAGUAGGUGUCAUGAGAUGUUCCCGGACGUCGACUUCGAACCCCCGCCUCCCAGCGUGGAGGUCAAGGCCUCUUGGCCGUACGGGAACUGUGCGGAAGCCGAUUCCUUGGGGAAACUCCUCUGGUACCUCAAGGUCUCGGGGAAGGAGGUCGGAGAGACGAGGGGCGCCGCCUGGCGGGUCCUCCUUCUGGAACAAGAGGCCAUGUUGAAAGACCUCAGGGACCGAGUCAGGAAAUGGUUCGGUUCGGUCCGCUUUUUCGGGGACGCCUGGGUUCCGGGGGGAGAAAGCCGCGUGGAUGACGCGGAGGACGGAGUCGGGAGCGGGGGCGAUGUCGGUGGUGGGAUCUGCGACCGUGGGAAUCGAGAUGACGACGGCGGGCGGGCGACCGCCGACGGCGGCGUUGAGAGGACCCACGAGAGGGGAGGCGGGGAGGAAGGCGGCCUUAGCGUCGAGGAUCGGAAUUACCCGGAUAAAGGCGGUCGUGAUUCUCCUACUUUGGACGCUCUAUCCAAAGCUAUUAAAAUCGAUUUACAGAUAGAGGCCGGGAUACGUACGGUAUGAUGGGUGGCGUACGCCACCGUCCCAUCGCUUUAAUGACCGAGAGGCCGAUGAGACAUCUCUACUAUCUGUUGCCGACUCAUCUGUUGCCGACUUGUUCAUUCCAAGCGCUCAGUACAGUGCUCUGCACGUCGUAAGCGCUCAAUAAAUACUAUCGAAUGAAUGAUUACUGCCAUCUGCGAGGUUCCUCGGGCAAGAGGCGGCCAAUUCCUGUCCGAUGGUUUGAAUCUGAGUCUGUUCAUUUGCGUUCAGGGGUCGACGCCCGGGGAAAAGCAGUGCGGCCUGGGGGAGAGGGCCCGGGGAUCGGGAGGCAGGAGGCCUGGGUUCGCCUUCCGCCGCUUCCCCCCGGGCCAAGUGGCCCUGGGCAAGUCACUUCACUUCCCCGGGGGCCUCAGUUCCCUCAUCUGGAACAUGGGGAUUCAGUACCUGCUCUCUCUCCCCCCGGAACCGGAAUCCCACGACGGGGAGGGAGUGUGUCUGGUCUGAUCGCCCUGUACCCAUCUCAGUGCUUCAGGUUUGUUGUGGGCAGGGAACACGUCUUUUAUAUUGGUAUACCGUAAUACUGUAAGUCGUAAUAAUAAUAAUAACUGUGGUUCCGUACUGUCUCAGGCGCUUAGUACAGUACUCUAGACCGUAAGGUCGUCGUGGGGAGGGAACGCGUCUGUUAUUCCGUUAUACCGUAAUAACGACAAGAAGAAGAAUUUCGGUAUCGUCCUCUCCCAGGGACUUAGUACGGCGCUCUAGCCCGUAAGGUCGUUGUGAUCAGGGAAUGUGUGUCUUAU